AUGUUUGUUCUUACCGAACUUAACAAUGUGGAGGCAAUUACUAAUUCAGCACAAGUGAAUGUCAAUGGCGAAAACUAUCUAUUCAUCGCGGAAGGGAACCGAAUACGAAUAUAUGAAUUAAACAGCAACCUGUUGCAAUACAAGCUCAAAUGUUGUAAACUUCUACAUCACAAGGUUCUAAGUUGGACCCGAUUUGCAUUCAACGUGAAAAACUUUAUGAUUUAUAUUGACGACGAAUUCCAUGUACAACUUAUUGAUGUAUUACAAAUUGUUAAAAGUGAGGUGGACCUGCAAUUCAAACCAUACUCCUUGUUCCGCAUGUCUAUAAAAGGACAGCAACAAUCGCUGUCUUUUGAAAAACCGUUGAUAAUUCCUCAAUCGGUGGUCAACCCUGAAUUUGUAAUUUUCCAUGUGUUUCACUCAAACGUACAAGUUCUUCCGAUGUUGAAAUUGAUGCAAAGCAUUUGCGAAGCAAAAUAUGACGAGAGCAACGAGUGGUUGUUUCCACAGCAAUAUCGCCCACUCCCUGUCACUAUUCCAAUGGGAAAUAUUGAUAUUCUACAGAUUGUUAGUAUGUCUGAUGAUAAUAGUAAGGAAGAAGAAUUAGUAUUAGAACAAGAAGAAGAAGAAGAAGAAGGAGAAGAUGGACGAGAGGGAAUCAAUUCUCGGAAGCGUAGUCGCAAAGUCAAGUAUGGAGACCGAAACGGAGAAUUUCCCAUUAAGACAACACAAUUUGCAAUUUUGUACAAGGACUUAUUUCUGUCCUAUAGCAUUCGGUUGGUAAAUUUUGACACGAAAAGGAGGUCGGCAAAUAUAUUGCACCAAAUGGACCAAUUUGAAGAAGACCCUUCGCUCAUAGUACCUUGGUCCAAAGGAAAAACACUUGGCUUGGUUGCAUUGACGCCUUCAAGUUUAUUCUAUUUUCCUGACAAGUCAAUAGCACAUAUGUCUUUAGCCAAUAGUUUGGGAAGAAAUAUAGCCGUUUCAAAGCAAAUGGAAGAUCCUAUCAUGGUCAUGACUUUGGACAAACCAGGCAAGGAUAAAGCAUUGAGAAUUUACAAGUCUUACUUUGUUAUUGAUAAUAGCAGAACUUUGCUUGUUACAGAACUGGGUGAGUGUUUUAUGCUUUACAUUGACAUACACCAAUCCUCUCCAAAUUCGUUAGUUAUUAAUCAAGUGAACUUUAUAAACCUUGGAAUUUUAACGCCGCCGAUAAAAGAUGGGUUGCAUCAUGUGCGUAGCAAUUUGUUUUUUCAAUCCUCCAGGAGCUCCAAAUCUGUUUUGUUCGAGGUGCUUGCAACAAAACCCAAUUUAGAUAUUCAUGACGUAUUGGAGUCGAGUCCACCGGUUCUAGAUAUUGCCAAAUUUUCCACACGCUCAAAUUUAUAUGCUUGUCAAGGUGGAUGGGACGGAAGCCUGAUUCGCUCUUAUCGACUUGCACAUGAAAAAGGUGUGUAUGGUAUGGUGCUGCAAAAUGGAGUAAUUGCAGGUCAACAUCACCACUUGCAACAACACUUGCAGCUUGUACUGAUUGGGCGAGUCAAAGGGAAGUGUUUGUUUAGAGAUUAUUCCGUUACAACAUCAAAAAAAUACGUUUCUCUUGAUUCAACAGGGAAUCUACAACAUAUCACUGAUUUUCUUGAUGAUAUAAUUGAACGAGACGAAGUAAAGGGGCAUUCCAUUGUAAUAACUACCAACGCUUUCAAAAUUGACAGCAAAGUGAUUGCAGAUGGCAAAGUUCUGUAUGGCUGUAUUCUGGCUGAAAAUAACACGGCUGUUGUAAUUAUGGAACACAACCAAGCAAUGAUAUACCAGUACGAUAUUGUGGAAAAGCCUACUUUUCUACGGUUUCUGCUCGAAAGUAGUGAAGCUGAAGAACAAGUUUCAUUUGUUGAUAUUUGUCGAUUAAAAGGUAAACUUUGCGUAUUAAUUACGUUUUCUUCAGGAAGGAUUGAACUUUGGUUAGAAAUAGAUGAACAACACAAGGGUCGAAAAUUGAGCUUAGUUUGUAAGAAGUUAAUUUCUCAAGGGGUGUACUCUGCUGCAUUGGUCGUUAGAUCUUUGCAAUAUGGUUGCAAUGCGAAACUGUUUUUGAUUGAUGUUUUCAUUCUGUGCACCUACGGUAGCAUACAGCAAUUGGUUGUUGAGAUUGAUUUAACUAAUAAUACUGCAGUUGUUGUCGACAAUGGCAAAUUGCAAUUGCAAUCUAGAGAACCAUAUCGUAUAAAGAAACUUUUCAACAAGCUUGUUUUGUACAACAGCCAAUUUUUGGUGUUGCCAUAUUUCAACAAAUUACUUGAAAUUUAUGAGUACAGUUUAAUUCGAAAACCGAACACAACAGACGUGAUAUUUUUGGAUACUGAUUCGAAAUCUUUGAAUAAGAGCAGGAUAUUGAUUACCUUUGCGACUGGGCUCGUGGAAGUAGCCGAUAUUAUUUACAAAAACCAAAACGAGAAGCUUGUAGAACAGCAUUCAUUGCAUCUGCAAAAACUCUUUGUCAAAUGUAUGACGCUCCCUAUGAACCGGUAUAUGAUUGCAUUGAGUUACGAUAAGAACUCGGGACAAAAUAUGCAAGCCGAGCUUUUGUUGAUUCAUUCACAAACUUUUGUUGUUCUAGACAGUUUCAAACUAGAGAAUACGCCAGGUGUGGCUGAUAUGUGUCUACUUGAGGAAGGUCCAUUGGAAGUACCCAAUAAAUGCAAAGCAGAUUUUAUCACACUUUCAUCUCUGGAAGAGUCUCAGAUAUCUAUGUUUUGUGUAAGAGACCUGAAGAUAAAAUUAGUUGAAAAGUGUGCAAUAAAAGGUUUGCGGCUAAACAAAAAUGUGCAACUACAAAAUAUUUCGGCAUUGAAGAAUGAUAAAAAGGAACAUAGGCAAUUUGAACUGGAUGAUCAAAUGCAAGAUGUGCAAGAUGUACAAGAUCCAAAUUGUAUCACCUUUGUUAUUUCCGGAACAGUCGUCUUCACGGUAUUGUUGACAUACGAUGGCAGUCGAUACAUCUGGGAACUUGGUCAGGAUCUGUUUUCCAUGCCAACAUAUGCGAUUGGGCAUGUGUCACUGUACCCUUUGAUAAUUGCAGCAGACACAGUGGCAGGUUUAUGUUCCUUUACCUUAAACUCUCUUCGACACCAGGAACCUUUGCAUCAUCAAGAUCUUGAGAGAGAAUAUCUAACCAGUAUUGCAUUAACAGGACUGAAUGGAGGAAAUGCGAAUCAUUACGUGAUAACGGGCGACACCCUGGGAUAUAUUAGGAUAAGCAAUAAACGGUCGUCUGAGAGAGUUGGAGCUAAAUUUUGCGUAAUGGCAUCAUCGCCAAUCAAUGUUAUUGUUCCAUUGUCCGGAGAGCGACAUGGAAUAGUGUCGGAUCUCGCUCUUAUAGGAACUUCCUCGGGUGGAAUUUACCUACUCAGCGAAAUUAUCGAUAAAUUCGACAAGCCCUUUGGUGAUCAUGCACUUGCCGCGUUGGUUGAAUUUGGCACUGAAAUAGGAGUGCAAAAAAUAAUUGGAGAGAAUUUUCAACAGACAGAUGAGAGUAUCUUAUCCAAAGAGAUCAUUAAUAUUUCCGCGGUGAAGUUGUUUUUGGAAAGAUAUAAAACUGAACCCAAAUUACAUUCACAAUACCGCGAAGUUAUCAAAUUGAUUCCUGAUUUACAAAAUUUAGUUCAAAGCUGUGCUGUAUGA